AUGUCGUCACCACUGCUCGAGAACGUGGUGAAAGCGGUCUCACCGUCCAUGCACGCGAAAUUGUACCCGUUAUCUUCGAGUAGUUUUAAUACUACUCACGAGAAGACGAAGUCGUCGUCCCCGUUGUCGUCGAAUUUGAUUUCAUCAUCAUCGGGGAAGAAAAAUUCAGUUGCUAGGAAGACGACUUCUUUUUCGAGCGGCGGUGGAGAGAAGAAGAUAAAGAAGAUAAAGAAGAGCGUAAAAGAGGAUUCCUCCGAAGACGAAGAAGACGACGACGAGCCGCAGUGCACGCCGGAGAAAGAGGAAGUGAACGAGAUAUUGCCGAAAUCACCGCACAAAUCGGCGCUGAAACCUCUCGAAUUACGACUGGCUGCUCGUUUUGGCCAAGACUCGCCGAGACGAAAAUCGAUAUCGUUCGCGAACGAGGAAGAGUUUCAAGUGAAAUUGAUUCCAAAGAAUCAAACCGGGACACCGGAAGUGACGUGCAUGAUUUCUGGGUCUAUGAAGAGGAAAGUUGGGGAAGCAGAGAGAUUGGCGCAAGAGUCCUGGGGGUUAUCCGUGUUGAGCGGGAAAAGAGAGAGGAAGCCGUCGAGGAUAUCGUUUACGUGCAACAAGAACACGAAUACUACUGCAUCGACGACGACGCCGACGUCUUCGAACGAAGAUAAAGAGAAUGAGAACAACGAUAAGAACAAUAAUAACAAUAAGAAACCGAGGCGUUCGUCUGUGUCGUUCAAACCGGCGUGUUCGGACGACGAAGAUACGACGCCCCCUACGAGAAAAUCGGGCGCGAGGAAAGUGCAAGAUACGCCGGCGACGAAAAAGUCACACAACACGAACAACAACAACUCCAACAUGACGCCAUCGCCAAAUUCAUCGAUUGAAACAAACAAGACGAACAAGACGGCCCCGUUAACGAGUGGUGGGUUGAAGAGCCGACCCCAAGCGCCGAAUAAUACGCCCGCCAAUACGAACGGGAACGAGAUUUUCAACCUCGAAGGCUUUGAUUUGUUUCGAUCGACGCCGAACGCGAAAGCCAUUCGCGACGCGUUGUUUGAAACCAAAGAGGAGGACGCGAAAGACGACAUCGCAGCGACGAAGUGUUUGAACGAUUGCGAAAAGUUGUUAAAGUCGCAGCCGCCAGCGAUGGAACUCGCCCAAGCUCUCGAAAAGUUGGCGGAGCCGCAAGUGACUCCCGGGAGAGCCGUGAUGGAAUGGUUGAGCGAUGCAGAGAACCACUCCAACGAGGACGAGAACGAAGAGGAAGAAGAAUUUGACGAAGGCAAGGAGAACGCGAAGACGCCGCCUUCUUCGACGAAAAGCAGCAACAAGUCUCCGGCGACGCUAUGCAUCAAGGCGAAAAAGUCAAAGAAAAUGUCAAAGAAGAUGAAGAAGAACAAGAAAGAAAAGAGCAUGUCGUACGCGUUAGCGUUGAAGUUCGAGCAAUUGCACAACGCUUUAGAGCAAACGCAGCUGGCGUUGCUCAAAGAAAGAAAGAAGACGAUGAAAUUAAGAAAGCUUUUGCUCGAAGCGGCGGAAAGAGAGAACAACAAAGAGGAAAGAAAAGUGAGCACCAAGAGUUUGACGGAAGAGAAGACAGAAAAGAAAAAAAACGAUACGACGUGCGUGAUGUGCAAUGAAAUAAACGACACGGUGAAAGUUACGAUGCGAUGCGUCAAGUGCAACUGCUUCGCGCACGGCAAAUGCUGCAAGCCGGCUUUGCGACGAGCGCCAAAGGAAUGGACGUGCCCAAAAUGUUAA